AGGCGGAGGCGGAGGCGGAGGCGGUGACGGAGGGUAAUGGCCGGCGGGCCAGUGGCCACCCAGCUGGCGGCUGCUGCUGCUUAACUCAUCCUACACUUCCGCUGCAGCUUGACGGCGGCGGCGGGGACCGGACCGGACCAGCCCAGCGAUGGACAGCGAGCCGGUGGUCAACGGUUACCAUGGCGGCGGCGGCGUCGGGAGUCAGGAGGGUGAAGAGCAAUGCGGGGCCGCGGACCGGCCGCCGGCUCCCCUCCCUCCACACAAGCCGGCGCCGGGAUCCGGCCUCCAACCGGGCCGAGCAGCUGGAGGCAAGGACACGGUGCCGGGCAACAGCAGCAACUGGCAGCCGCAGCAACAACAACAACAACAACUGCAGCAGCGCCGGGAAUCGGCCAAGAAGAACAGACCCCCCUUUCCAUGGUUUGGCAUGGAUAUUGGUGGGACUUUGGUGAAACUGGUUUACUUUGAGCCAAAAGACAUUACUACUGAGGAAGAGCAAGAGGAAGUGGAAAACCUGAGAAGCAUACGAAAAUAUUUGACUUCUAACGUGGCUUAUGGAUCAACAGGGAUUCGUGAUGUGCAUCUUGAACUGAAGGAUUUGACAAUUUGUGGACACAAAGGGAAUUUGCAUUUCAUAAGAUUUCCCACACAGAACAUGCCAGCUUUUAUUCAGAUGGGAAAGGCCAAACACUUCUCAAGUUUGCACACAACUCUCUGUGCCACUGGAGGUGGAGCAUACAAAUUUGAACCAGACCUACGAACAAUUGCUAAUCUGCAGCUUCGAAAACUGGAUGAACUUGACUGCCUUAUCCAUGGAAUGAUGUAUAUCGACGCAAUGGGCUUCAAUGGAUGUGCGGAGUGCUACUACUUUCAGCAGCCAACUGAUCCAGAAAGAUGUCAAAAAAUGACAUGUGCUUUGGAUAAUCCGUAUCCAUUAUUACUGGUGAACAUUGGAUCAGGAGUCAGUAUUCUUGCUGUUUACUCCAAGGAUAAUUACAAGCGGGUAACUGGUACCAGUCUUGGAGGUGGCACCUUCCUUGGGCUUUGCUGCUUGCUGACUGGCUGUUCAACCUUUGAAGAAGCCCUUGAAAUGGCAUCACUUGGGGAGAGUACAAAGGUGGAUAAGUUAGUAAGGGAUAUCUAUGGUGGAGACUAUGACAGGUUUGGACUUCCUGGCUGGGCUGUGGCGUCCAGUUUUGGGAAUAUGAUGAGCAAAGAAAAACGGGAAGCAGUGAGCAAAGAAGAUUUGGCCAGAGCAACUUUGGUCACCAUCACUAACAACAUUGGUUCCAUAGCCAGGAUGUGUGCACUGAAUGAGAAUAUUAACAGAGUGGUGUUUGUUGGUAACUUCCUGAGGAUAAAUACUUUAUCCAUGAAGCUAUUAGCCUAUGCCUUGGAUUAUUGGUCAAAGGGACAAUUGAAGGGAUUUUUCAUGGAACAUGAGGGUUACUUUGGAGCUGUGGGAGCUUUACUCGAGCUUUUUAACUCUGUUUGAAACUCCAUCAAAUCUCUGGACUGUGGUUCCUUAAUGAGGGUGCUGUGGAAGAGAAGACAGAAACAAGAAAAAGUUCAAUACAAGUUGUGACCUAAUUAGAUACCUUGAACUCUUAUUUAUGGGGAUGUUUGGGGGCAGAGGAAAGGGAAUGGUCUGUUUUUAAUCCAUACUUAAAGCACCUUUUAAUAAAAUUGUCUAUAAACAUCUGCACUUUUAUAUUUAUUUCAGCUAAAGUUAGGAAAGAAUUGAGAGCUAUAUUUUGUUUGUAUCUUGCAUUUUUUCUAUUCUUCUAUGGCACCUCUUUAGAGAAUUAUUUUUCUAAACUGGAAAUGGCAAUUUAUUAAAGGAGGGACACAGAUACAUUUCAACUUUGCUUGGAAGGGGAUGAGGGGAGCAUCUUUUGAACCUUGAUCUAGUUAACUAUUAAAUUUCACAAUCCUUUUGAAUUUUAAAUUUCACUGUCUUUGUAUAGUUUAUAAUGUAUGGUAACUUAAAGUAUUGUUUAUAACUGUAGUGAAAUAUAAAAAUAGUUAUCUACUUGGUAUCAUGCUAAUUUUCUGCUUUUUUUUUUUUUGGAUCUAAGAUAUCCCGAUUCCAGCUAGUGAAAUAUUAAGAGCUGGGAAAUUUUGAGUUUCAUUGUGCUUGCAUUCAAUCCUAUAUCAAUUUUCUUUAUGUAGCAUUGACUGGUAAUUUCCUUUUGACUCUCUGCUGCUUAACCAUGUAUUAAUUACAAUGGUACAUGUUGAAUGAACAUGUGUAGAGGCAUGGUAGACUGGUUCUCUGCCCAAGUGAUUGAAGCAGCCAUGGACUGACCAGCAUCAAAUGCUUAUAACAGUUUCAGAUUUGAGCUGUUACAAACGGCUCAACUUCCAUAUUGAAGGUUUGAGCGACUGAAGACCUCUUGAUUAAGUUAUUCUAUUUUAAUUCUUUCCACAUGUCCACUUUAUUCUCAAUAAUCUGGUUAUUCUGCAAAGAGUAAAUUGAGUCAGAUAUUUAAUGUGUGUAUUGAAACAAGUUUUUCACUUUCUCUAUUUAUUUGUAUUGCACAUGUAAAAAUAAAAACGUUUCCUAAAGGAG